CAGAAAAUAACCUUCAGUUGCCUAGUGAAUUUGGAUCAACCUACUGGAGUUUGGUCCAGUGUGUUUGAAUUGAUAAGUCUCCACUAGUCACCUGUCGAGUUAGAAAACGAAUGAUAACUAUCUAGUAAAUUUUAGCCAUUUGAACAUGAAGGCUUAUGAGACAACGUACUAGAGGUAAAAUUACAAUGUCGUCCUGGCAGCUGUGUCAAUCUCCAGAGUGCUUAGUCACCACAAAUGAACAUGAGUUCACAUGGUCCGGACAACUUUUGAUGCACAUAAAUCUUGGUUGCAAGGUGCAACUUAAUCGACAUGUCAACUGGCGUCAAGUGAUGAUUAAGUUUCGGCAGCUUGACGAUGUUGUUAGUCUGUUGGUAUCAGGGAUAAUCCUUCGAUUUACUGUAAUUUUCCUUGCAUUGAAUCUGCGAUGACUCAGCUCGUGGGCACCAGGAUUGAAACUUUCAUGUGGUUGUCACGGCAAGCAGGAGAGGUUUGGAUCAACUCCAUAAAAUGAACCGUCUCCAGUUUCCCUUCAGAUCAUGUGUUAGUUAUAUAGAUCGAUCGACAGCCGGCUGAUGAAACUCUCGACUUGACAAUAUUUCUCCUGGACUCCCUCAGCAACAAGCCUCCAAUUUGCAGACGCCUGCAUCGACUACUACAGCGCGGCGAAGGUUGUGGAUACCAUGGCCAACUAUAUCAUCGCCAGCAACGCGCUUGUCCUGCUGGCAUUCGUCACGUUUUUCUUCGUUUACUUCCUGAGAGCCUUCAUUCUCCGGGAUAAGAAGCUGAGGCCAAAGUAUCCACCGAGCCCUUGGAAGUGGCCGAUCCUUGGCAAUCUUCCACAACUCCUCCGAGGCGGUCCUGCAUGUCACACCACCUUUAGACUGCUGGCCAAAGAGUUGGGUCCUGUAUAUAAUGUCUGGCUCGGUGGUUCCUUCCCUAUGGUGAUUGUAACUGGAGAGGAGACGGUACAUGAAGCUCUCAUCAAGCAGAGCAGCGUGUUCUCAUCGCGACCAAAGCUGCUAUCAUGGCAGCACAUCAGCGCAGGAUUCAAAACCACCAUGACUUCGCCUUUCGGCCCUCAUUGGCAAAAGCUCAGGAAGACCAUCAGCGUGGACCUGCUGGGUCCCUCAAAGCUAGCAAGCUACAAGCCCAUUCGUGACAGCGAAAUACAGAAACUGCUGGCCAGGCUCAGAGAGCAAGCUCAUGCGAAUGCAGGGUUGGUCUCUCCUCUAGAUCAAUUAAGAACCAGUGCAGUGGACGUGAUCAUGAGAAUCGGUUUCGGGGAGGAAUUCGCACUGAUGGAAGCUGUGAAUUCAAAUCGUCGACAUGCAAAAAUCGUAGAGCUCGAUAGGUGCUUCCGCCAACUUAUGGAUGCAGGAUCUAUUUUCCAGCUAGUCAUUGACAGUUCAGUUGUGGCGAGGACGUUACUCUUCCCCCUCGCUAGAUCUGCGAACCGGAACAUAGAAACUGUCGCAGAUAACACCGUCUCGCUCGUGAUGCCAAUAGUCCAGCAACGCAAAAGAUAUCUCCAGGACCACCCAGCCACCGAGACCAGAACCUUCGUUGACGCGCUAAUAUCUUGCAAAGGUGAGAGUGCGCUGACGGACCUUGAGAUCGUUUGGAACGUCGUCGAGCUCAUGGUUGGCGGCACCGACAACACGUCGCACAUCCUUGAAUGGGCUCUGGCCAACAUGGUGAAGUAUCCGCACAUCCAAGAGAAGGUCUACACAGAAGUUAGAUGCGCUAUGGGACCCAACCUCGAGCGCCGGUUGGUGGAAGAAUCUGAGCUUGAUAAGCUCCCUUACUUACAAGCUGUUGUGAAAGAGUCCAUGCGCAGACACAUGAUGACGCCUCUGGCAAUACCAAAGCUUGCCGCGCAGGAUUGCAAGCUCUCUGGAUACGACAUCCCCAAAGGCACCAUGGUGGUGUUCCACGCUGGAGCUCUCGCCAUGGACGAUGAUAUAUGGACUGAUCCCUUGAAUUUCCGACCCGAGAGGUUUCUUGCCGGUACAGGAUCAUCAAAUGCUCCGGUCACACAAACGCACAAGCAUGCCUUCAUGCCGUUCGGCGCUGGUCGGAGAUCGUGCCCAGGUGCUGCCAUGGGGUUUCUGCAUCUCCAUCAUCUGUUUGCAAAUUUGAUCUAUGCUUUCGAGUGGGGACCUGAGUCACCCCGCAAGGCUGUCGACUUCACGGAGAAGUUCCGCAUGGUCGUCACCAUGAAGAAUCCGCUCCGGGCAACCAUAAAAGAAAGGACCCAUUUUAGAAUGAUGUAGAACUGCUUAUGUAGUGCAUCAAACAUUGACUGCUCGGACAGCUAUGUCGCAAAUCACUUGUUCAAUUAUCUGUUUAUCCUCAUCAGUGUCUAUUUAAUAUAUGCAAAUGACUCUU